GCUGAACACACUUUCAGUGAGUACGGGACUGUCCUUUGGAAAGAAAGUUUGACUGAAGUACAUAGAAGUACACAGGAGAGGAACGGUGGACUCACCAGGUUGCUGAGGGAAGAUUUAAAUGGAAUCUAAUCUCCUGGGACCCCAUUACAGAGUGAAAUUCAUGCUUCACAUUUUAAUUCUGUGGGGACAUGCCAUACUUUCUGAUGCAUUUGAUGUCACCAUACCGAAGACCACUUUACUUGGUAUCCACAGUCAAAGUAUUGUCCUUGGAUGUAGUUUUACUGCUACUGGUAACUCCUCACUUGAACACAUUGUAAUCACCUGGCAACGCACUGCGGACAACGAGGUGGUGCACAGUUACCAUUAUGGCAAAGAUCAGCUUGCUCAACAGAAUAAACAGUAUUCAGGCAGAACAAGUCUAUUUCCUGAGGAAUUCAAAAAUGGCAAUGUUUCACUGAAGUUGGAUGGACUUAGAGUUGAGGACGCUGGCCUGUACAUGUGUUUUGUCAGCAGUGUAUUGGGAAGUGCUGAAGCUACAAUGUCAUUGGCAAUUGCAGCUUACUACAAGGAGCCAGAAGUGCUGGUCAAACUGCAGUCAUCUAGUGUGACUUUCAUUCUAACAUCUCAAGGUUAUCCUGAGGCAUCUGUUUUCUGGCAUUGUGCAGAAGAUAAUAGCAGGCUCUUUAAGCCUGAAGUUUCAUUUGCUAAAACUGAAGAUGGACUUUACUCACUCGAAAGUAUCCUUGAUGUUGUUUACACAAAGACCUAUUGUAACUUCAUGGUUGAAAUACAGAACCAUCUUGUUAACCAGACUAUUAUCAGGAAGUUCAACCUCCUUUUGCCAUUUUCAGGAGAGGAAGAACAGAAGAAAAUCACUUCCAUGGCCAUCUGGAUUGCUCUGGGCUUGCUUUUACUGGUAUUUGCAGCAAUAAUCAUUCUGUAUUUGGUUAAACAAAGAAAGAAACACAUGCAACUCAGGGGAGAGGAAGAUAAACUAAUGGUAAUGUGAGGAUGAAUGUGAUUCUAUGAAUAACAUUUUUGUCGCCUACUUAUCCUCAUGAUGGCAAUGAUACUGGAAGAGCUAGCUGGAAAUGUAAUAGCAUAAUGUUUUUUUUCAGUCUUACACAGUUAUUUUUUUUCCUGUGUCAUACAUGAUAAUGAUCAUUUCUGGGUUGUUUUGCAUCACCUGCAAUCUUUGUACUGGACACUUCCUGUCAUCAGAUUCCCCUGGCAACCCUGAGAUGAUUUCCAAGUCAAUGAUACACAUAAUGAGCACUUGUGGGGAAACUUGGACCAGGGUGUCUUGGGGCAUCAUCCAUUCAGCAUUCCUGGACAACGUGAAUACAAAUCUUCCAGUGACUGCAAAAUCACUAGUCAUCUGUCCGUGGACCACACUGUUUCUUCCAGCCUUGUCCAUGAUGUAGUAGCUUUCCACUGGUAUCUAACUCUCAGAUGAUCAGAUACCCAGAACAGUGUAAUGCAGCACAGGAACUCUCUGAGCAAGUGGUUGGCUGCGCUCACUGAAUGGCCUUGAGAGAUGGUGAGGCCCUGUCCCACGGAUUAAAAGCUGCUAAAGCUGUCAAUAGUAUUAAAUGUUUUUGAAGUUUUUAAACAUUCACAAAUAUUCAAACAAAAAAACUCAGGAAAAGCAAACAGGGAGACAGGAGGGCUUUGAAUAGAGAGGAUUACAAGUGGGUUCAAUAGAUGCAGAUAUGGCAGUAAAGGAGUAUCAAGCAACCAACAUUUUGAUGUGCAUGAAUCACCAAGGCUACAGAUUGUGCCCCAAAAAUCCACAGGCUGUAACCCCUGGGUCAUUGACGGCUUCACCACUGCCUUCCCAGAGUCUGUAAGGUCAUCAAGAGUCCACCUCAUUUUCGAUAGUUGCUGAGUUUACUCCGAGUGUACCUCCACUGCUCAUCCUGUGUGCCCGCAGUAUCUGUAACUGCCUGCUUUGGAGGGUGCAAUAUCCAGGGCAGCCUAACCUGCAGGGAAACCUCUAGUGAUAAGAUUUAAAAAAGCACCUUGCCUAAGAUCCACGGAGCAACCUGUUGAGACCUUUGUAGAUAGAGAUAAGGACAACCUUGGGUUGUUUUCUCUGGAGAUUUGUGGGGGAAGUUUUUACACAGAGGGUGGUAGGUGCCUGGAAUGGGCUGCCAGGGGUAGCAGUGGAAGCAGAUACGAUAGUAGCGUUUAAGAUGUUUCUAGAUAGACACAUGAAUAUGGAGGGAUAUGGAUCAUGUGCAGGUAGUGUGGAGGACAAUGGGAAGGGAACUCUGGUGAACAAAGGGUUACUAGUUAUACAGCUGCUGUAAAAGCUUUAGCCAUCUGCUUUCUGUAGAAUGUGGCGUGAUCGAUAAGAAGUUACUGAGCUAUGAAACCUCAAGGCCACAAGGAAACACGGUUGUGACUAACUGUGAAAGAUGUGUUAACCUGUCUGGCUGCACACAGCAGUCUCGGCUUGACCAAUGGCAGCAUGAGCUGGUCAAGCAUACCCAAAUACGGGUACGCCUGUGCAGUAAGUGGACACCAGCCGGAGAACAAUGCAUUUAAACUAAGUUAGCACUCUGUAUUCUUUGAGUCGGACCACGUUCAGGGAAGAGCGGUGCUGACUGCUCCUCCAUGUACCCCCUCUCCCACUAGCAUUAGAAAUAAAGAACUUUUAGUACGCU